AUGAACACAAUCAAUAGCGGUAUCACUCCCGCCAGGAGCAAAUUUGGUCAAGGAGAUCGACAUAUCCUAUUACUUGAUAAACGAUUAGGACAAAGUAUUGGUGCACCAUCUACAUCAACACCUAAGCAUAUAUCUCUUUCAUUCAAUCAUACAGUUCCAAGUCAUUUAUUUGAAGCACUUUCCAUCUAUUUCUCAUAUGGAUAUCUGUAUGAACAAGGCAAUAAACGUGUUCAUUUUGCCAAUGUUCGUCAUCUGUUCGAAGCUAAAAUGGAUACGGUAGUUGAUAAAUCUCAAGAAUUAAAUAAGAUUCUAGUCGUUCGUGUGACAGGUGAUUGUGAAGUAAAAGAAUUAUCUGGUAUUGUUUCUGGUGAUCAUUUAUGGUUAAACAGUGUGAAUCGAUGUCGUUUCACUGCUCAUGUUCCACUUGAUGAUGAAAAACACAUAUCGUCGUUCAAACCAAUAAAAGGAUCAUCCGCAGAUCAUCUUCGUUUAGAUGUUAUUGGUAAAUUAAAAUACAAUAACCGUUAUGACGAGGAUAUAUUGGAGAUGUUAAUCAUGAGAGCUUACGAAUUGAUCGCGAACAAUCAAGAAUUAUUAUCGAAAUCUGACACGAUGUAUCAGCAUUCAGAAUCAAAUACGGAGUGUAUCAAACAAAUUUCACUUCAAUGUUCAUUAAACGAAAAUUUUGAUGAACUCGAUGGUCUCUUAGCUGAACAUAUUAAUGGAUCCCAGGUUAUUAUGGCACGGUCGGUUCCGGUCGGAUAUUUCCUGUGCAAUUCCGGUCGGAAUCCGGCGGCAAGGAACCUGCUGGAAUCGGCAAAAACUAUGCCGGAAUGA